AUGAUACACAAUGACCAUGAAGAACUUUCAAACGAGGAAUUCCAAAGUCUAAGGGAAUCAUGUUUGAAGGCAGCUCGAAACUCAGCAUAUUGUCCAUAUUCGAAAUUCAGAGUUGGGUGCGUGCUAGAGACAAGCACAGGCAAACGGUUUACGGGAGCCAAUGUUGAAAAUGCAUCUUAUGGAGCCGGCAUUUGUGCAGAAAGGGCAACUAUAACAAAAGCAGUGACAGAAGGCCACAAAAAGCUUAAAUUGAUAGCCAUAAGCGGCGAUUCUGAAGAACCAAUCAGUCCUUGUGGCAUAUGUAGGCAAUUUAUUAGAGAAUUUGGACCCAAUGUGCCUGUAUUCAUGUUUAAUCUGGACGGUUCCAAAUUCAUCAAAGUAUUCUUGCAGGAUUUAUUACCAUUGAGUUUUGGUCCUGAAAACUUAGGAAUUGAGCCAGCUCUCCAAUAA